AUGUUAAAGAUGAAUUAUUCAAUGAAUAUGAAGUAUUCAAUGAUGAUGAAGUAUCUAAUGAUAAUAGAGCGCUUAAUGAUUAUAAAUCAUUCGAUAAUUAUAAAGCAUUCGAUAAUUAUGAAAUGUUCAAUAAUUAUGAAAAUGAAAUAUUCAGUAAUUAUGAAAUGUCUAAUGAUUAUGAAGAAUCUGAUAGCUAUAAAACAACAGAUAAUGAAUAUUCAA